ACGGUUUUGUGAAGUUGUGUCCGCUAUAAUGUUGUGUUGGUAAAAGAGCGCCCUCUUUGGGCUGAGGUGUCGACUAAACACCGGAAGUGGUAGCGUCCCUGUUGAGAAACGACAGCCGCCAUUUUCCCAUCGGAGAUUCGACACGCGAACAGUAGCUCUGAUAAGAUAACUGGAAACGCCACAAUGGUGAAAAUAUUCAUUGGAAACCUUUCGGAAGAGACCACACCUGAUGAGCUUCGCUCACUGUUUUCUCAGUAUGGCAAGAUCUCAGAGUGCUCCAUUGUUAAAAACUUCGGUUUUGUGCACAUGGACAGCAAAACUGAAGCAGAAGAAGCCAUCCGCGAACUCCACCAAUACGAGCUAAACGGGCAACCAAUGAAUGUGGAGUUGAGUCGUGGCAAGUCGAGAGGAGCUGCCAAGCUGCAUGUUAGCAACAUUGCUUGCAGCAAUCAAGAGCUCAGAGCCAAAUUUGAAGAAUUUGGAACAGUGCUAGAGUGUGACAUCGUGAGAAACUUUGCAUUUGUUCACAUGGCGCGAAUCGAGGAUGCAACGGAGGCCAUUAAUCAAUUAGACAACUCGGCAUUUAAAGGCAAACUGAUGAGCGUGAAGCUUUCGACUAGCCGCCUGCGUACUGCGCCGGGAAUGGGAGACAGAUCGGGUUGUUAUCGUUGCGGGCAAGAAGGCCACUGGUCCAAAGAAUGUCCUCUAGACCAAAAUGGUUUCCACAGAAACGGCUCGGAGCCAGUGUCUGAGGGCUACGAUGCCCCCAGAUAUGGGGGAAGUGGUCACUACGGCAGUUAUCAUCCGGGCUACAGCGGCGAGCAGAAGUAUGGAGCCGGAUACGCUCCUCCACCUGGUUAUAACUGGGGUUCCGAUCAAAACAGCAGUGCCGCAGGGUACAAAAGUGGCCCGGGCUACGAGGGCGAGAUGAGAUACGGCCCGCCGCCUGCUUACAGCAACAACGAAGUAUACCGAGGAACCGACUCACAAUACGGCGCGGUACCAGCCUACCAAAUGCGACGGUCGCCUUACGUGGAAAGAAAUCCGUACGGAGUCGUGGACUACUAUGACAAAUACAGGGCCAAUUCGUACAGAAGCAAUUAUUACGAGGAACAACGCGCUGUCCCCUUGCCUGCCACAGCAACAACCCCGUCCACAGCUAUGAGGGAACACCUGCCUCACGCGAGCGUGGACCCAUACAAGUAUUCUCCUAUUCCUCCUCCUCCAGCACCAAUCCCCUCAUUCUACACACGUGACCGAAGUCCAAUUCACAGAGCUUCAGCAGGUGGUAAUGGUUACACAUAUGACCAUUCAAGAACCUCUGCCUAUAGCACGCCUGCUGCACCACCACAGUAUGGUAACUACUAAGCAUUGUCCACCCCCGCCAUGUACAAGUUAAACCUAAAGCAGGUAGGUAUGAUCAGUUGUGCCACAGGGAUGAUCCUUGAUGAUGGUCUACAUCUUUCCAGAAAAGGCUUAAGUACAUGAUUAACACAGUCAUGAUUUGCAAAAUUCACCUUGUUUUUUUUUUUUCCUUAAGAUUUGUGCAGAAAAGCAGAGGCUUGAGUUAUAUUGUGUACAUAUUACAAGUGCAUUUGUGGAAUGAAUGUGAAAGUUGUGAAAUAAUUGAUGUCCUAGUUAGCACAACCUUAGUUUGAUUUGGUUUCUUCAUUCAGUUAAUGUGAGGUUUUUGCAUGUGUGAUUUAGUCUAACACAACCUUGGCUACUUUAUGUACACUGAACAUAUUUAGCGAUGGUAUCUUGACCGUGUUUUAUUUUGGAAGUAUAUGCUGCAUCUGUUCCACAUGAUAAUUUUAGUAAAUAGACCUGUUCCAGAAUACUUUGUUCUGAUGUUACUGGAUGCAGCUGUGUUGAAUUGUAAAACCAAUUUGCUCUCUUUUGCCUUCUAUCUGUAUUGUCUGGAUUUGUAACACAGGAAGAAAUAAAGGUCUGUCUUUAGUCAA